AUGGAGUUUGAGGAGGGUGUUACCAUAUUGAAGUGCUUCGAAGUGAUAGACUUCAGUGGCCCCAGUGAAGGUGAGAUGUUGUGCCAUUGUCGUAGUCUCCCCCGUUUUAUGGAUGAUGAUGGGACCCUGGAGUCAGAGUUCAUUCCAAGUUCAACCAUUUCUACAUUUGUCCUGAAAACUAUCCACGUUGCUCUGACCCCAUCAUACUUGUGUCCCGAAGAGCUUGCCCAGCACAGCCAUAUGGAAUAUAGCAAUGAAAUCAGCGUCCUCCAAGGAAGGAAGAGAUAUAGUAGAUUUUCCUGCAGUAAUUUUGAUGGGAGAAUUACUCAUUCUGAACAUGGAGGACAGGGGCUUCUGCCUCCACCCUUCUACAACAAUGAAGGGGACACCAUGAUGGAUGGCCAUGACAAUCACCCACUACGAUACACACCUUAUGAGAAAGGACACAUCAGGAGGAGAAGGAGGGCAUAUGAUACGAACAACAUCCAUAUUAAACUGGAAAAAGAUCUACAGGCUGAAAGAAGAGAGAUAGAGGAGUACAUGCAAAGUGGAAUCAUGGAGAACUGGUUCAAGGUCACAAUUCCAUUUGGCAGAAAAUAUGACAAAGCCUGGCUAAUCAAUUCAAUCAAGACCCACUGCAGUGUCCCCUUCAGCCCAGUUGAUUUCCACUGCAUCGGAACACGGGCCCUGUUCUUCGUCCAGCAUGAGAUCACUGCCUCUGCAAUAAAGGAAGUCAGCAAGAAGAUAAGUGAUGAGGACAGCCUCAGGAUACCUAUCUUUGUGAGUCGUUCUACUGCCCCUUACUCUGUGCAGAAUAAGUUAACGAGCGGGCAAAUGGAGCAACUCCAGUUGGCCUUGCGGAAACGAUAUGAUGUGUCUCAGCAGGCUCUCAACCUUGAGAGGCUCCGUUUUGACCCAGAGGAUGUGGCUUCCCGAGGAAGGCCUGAAUGUUCUCCCGCAGAUGGCCAGGAUUUAUGCUCACCAAAUGUCACUGACUUUGAUCUUCCCAAGUCAGUAGAGUGCUGCAAGGAAGUAUAUGAAGGAUAUGAGACCUUGAAGAAUCUGAUUCUGCAGUUCCUGCAGGAGUAUUAUUUGAUCUAUGACUAUGGAGAUCGACGGGGUCUCCUUAAUGUUUACCAUGAAGAGGCCUGCUUCUCUCUGACCAUUCCCCUAAAGCCUGAGGAUCGAGAUACGACUAACUUGCAUGAGUACACCAAGUAUAGCAGGAAUGUGAAGAACAUCAAAGAGCCCUCCAUAAUCAGAAUGCUGCUGAAGUAUGGAAAAAGUGACAUUGUAGACUCCCUCAGUCUAUUGCCCAGAACUCAGCAUGACUAUGAUAAUUUCAUGGUGGAUAUGUUUCUCCAGACGGAAAAAAUGCUCUGCUUUUCUGUCCAUGGAGUGUUCAAAGAAAUACAUGGAAAGUCUCAGGGAUUUGUUCGUGCCUUCACCCGGACUUUCAUUGCUACUCCUGGCAAGAGUACCUGUCUGUGCAUUGUGAACGACCACCUGCUCCUGAGGAAUGUUCCCCCUGAGGCGAUCCAUCGUGCCUUAUCCCUGACCAUGGCAAUGCCCUGCUGCAGCUCCAUGUCCACCCUCACCCCGGAUCAUCUGGCAAUGGUGCAGGCUUUCUCCAUGCAAUCGAGAAUGAAACUCGAGUGGUCUCAGAAGUGUCUUGAGGACAAUCAGUGGGACUACUCCAGAGCUGCUGAGGUCUUCAUAAUGCUCCAGAUGGCUGUUUAUGUUCACAAUAAAAAGUAG